AUGGCUGAAAGGCACAGAUUUUCCAGCUAACAAAAACUUCCAACCUUAGAUUUUUCAUAAGUAAAUCGAUUUCCAACAGAAGGAAUUAAUGUUAAUGUAUUGUCUUUUAAAUGAUAUAGAUUACAGUCUAAUCAGGUGAUGCUUAAUUUGUUAGUUUUCGAUCUUUAAAUGAGUUGAAUCCAAAACUUAAUUUCCCUACAAAUACAAAUGAUUCUUCAUCAUAAUAAAUAAAUUAAACAAUCUAAAAUGAUUUAACUAAAAAUAAGAAAAUGAUCUUAAUGUUAAGAAAGACUCUUUAUAAAUAAGACUAUGAAUACUAAGGUUAUUAAUAAAAUAUGAUAGUAAUCAUUUCUAUAAUAUUAGAAAUAAAUAAGAACUGUUACUAGAAUGUAAAAAUAAGUCAAAAAAGUUCCACAUCGAAUUGAUCCUUUUAAUAAUAUUAUCGAUAAAUCUCCUAAUAAUAUUCAAUAAAUUGCCAAAAAAAAAGUGUCUUAUCCUAUGUAUUUUAAUGGAGCCUUUUUCUCCAAAUUAUAACAUAGUUGGAUACCUACUAUUCGAGAAAAUACAAUGGCAGCUGAUUUUUAAAACAAAAUAUAUAUGUUCGGUGGAAUAGGAAGUGAAGUUAUGGGUGAUUUAAUUGAAUAUGAAAUAUAAACUAAAAAAUUUAGAGAGAUUAAAUAAAAUGGUGAUAUUCCUUUAAAUCGUUAUGGUCAUUGUUUACAUAGUAUUGGUUAUCCAAUGAUUUUGUCAACUCAAUUUUCAUAUGAUAAUCAAUAAUAUACUUAAAUUAAUGGAAAAUAACUUAUCAUGUAUGGAGGUGAAAUGCAAUAUAAUGCAGCAUUAAGAUUAAGAGAAAAUUUAAGUGAUACAAGAAUUUUUGAUUUAGAAACAAAAACAUGGUAAUUAUUAAAACCAAAUUAUGAAAAUAUUCCUGAAAGUCGAAGAUCUUUUGGAAGUUGUAUAGUAGGAAAAGGAUUAAUUGUUAUGGGUGGUAUAAGAAGUAAAUUUUCAAAUUUUAAUGAUAUUCAUUAUUUGAAUUUAAGUAUCUAUUAAUUAUUACAAUUUAGAUCUUUGUAAAUGGAAUCCAUUAGAUACAUAUAAGAAUCCUUUUAAUAAAGGAUUGGCAUUCUAAUAAUUAGUUUGUGCUUAUAAUAAGCCAUAAUUGAUUUUUGAGAAAAAAGAUACAAGAGGCAAACCUUAUAAAGCAUUAGAAUAUGAAGGUAUUUACUGUUUUGGAGGAUGCUACAUAGACGAUGAUAAAAAUACAUAAUUCUACAAUCAUUUUAUGGCACUUUUAAAAUUAGAUUAACCAAAUAAUCCUUGGGUUAUUCCAGAAACUUCAGGUAAACCACCUCUUCCAAGAAUUCAACAUACUGCCUCAUAUGUAUAAGAUAUGAAUAUUAUUAUUAUCUUUGGUGGUAGAGAUGAUUCUAGGAGCCAUCCUUAUUUUAAUGACUUAUUUGCAUAUAAAAUUUGUGAAAAAGAAUGGGUUUAAUUAGAUGUAUAUGGUAAUGUUCCAAGACCAAGAGCUUCUCAUUCUGCUGUGGCAUACAAAAGUUAAGUAUUAUACUUUGGAGGAGUAAGUAUGAAUGGAUAUUUGGAAUUUUCAGUAAAUGUUGCAGAGUUUAAUCAAAACUAAAUUCGACAAUUGCAAUCAGAAAUGAAAACAUAUGAAUCAACGACAAAUAUAUAAUCUCCUAAAGAAGAAUAUUAAAGGCAGUCAAUUUUAAGUAAAUAGUAUUUCUCUUUGCAUUAAAUUGCACCUAUUUAAAAACCAGGAGAAAUGACAAAGGCUGAGGAAGUGAAUUAAAAGAUUUAAUAAUUGUCAUUCACUAACUUUCCUCUACAUCUUAAAUGA